AAACAUCCAUGGAGGCCCAGCCAGUGGUACAGUCAGAGUUGCAGUGCUGCAGGCCCAUGGCCAACUAUGAGUUUGGAUGGCUGGGUUGACUUGAAAAUAUGGCAGACACAGGAGGAGCUGGAGGGCUGGGGCAAGGGGAGUCACACAGUAGCAGGACCCUGUUGAAGGAGCCAAGGGAGAGCCCAAGACAGAGACUAGUGGCACAAUAAUGAAGCAUGAAUUAUCCAGAUGAAAGCACCUAUGGAAAUAAAGGUUGUCAAGCCACUUAUCAUGGCCUUUGAAAUUGCUGUAUUGGUGCUGAGCGAUGAACAAGCAUCAAAGAGCUGACAUUAUCUCUACGGUAGAAUUCAACCACACGGGAGAAUUACUAGCGACAGGGGACAAGGGGGGUCGGGUUGUAAUAUUUCAACGAGAGCAGGAGAGUAAAAAUCAGGUUCAUCGCAGAGGUGAAUACAAUGUUUACAGCACAUUCCAGAGCCAUGAACCCGAGUUCGAUUACCUGAAGAGUUUAGAAAUAGAAGAAAAAAUCAAUAAAAUAAGAUGGCUCCCUCAGCAGAAUGCAGCUUACUUUCUUCUGUCUACUAAUGAUAAAACUGUGAAGUUGUGGAAAGUCAGCGAGCGUGAUAAGAGACCAGAAGGCUACAAUCUGAAGGAUGAGGAGGGGCGGCUCCGGGAUCCUGCCACCAUCACAACCCUGCGGGUGCCUGUCCUGAGACCCAUGGACCUGAUGGUGGAGGCCACCCCACGAAGAGUAUUUGCCAACGCACACACGUAUCACAUCAACUCCAUAUCGGUCAAUAGUGACUAUGAAACCUACAUGUCUGCUGAUGACCUGAGGAUUAACCUAUGGAACUUUGAAAUUACCAAUCAAAGUUUUAAUAUCGUGGACAUUAAGCCAGCCAACAUGGAGGAGCUCACGGAGGUGAUCACAGCGGCAGAGUUCCACCCUCAUCACUGCAACACCUUCGUGUACAGUAGCAGCAAAGGGACAAUCCGGCUGUGCGAUAUGCGAGCAUCGGCCCUGUGUGACAGGCACACCAAAUUCUUCGAAGAGCCAGAAGAUCCAAGCAACAGAUCGUUUUUCUCCGAAAUUAUCUCUUCGAUCUCAGAUGUGAAGUUCAGCCACAGUGGGAGGUAUAUCAUGACCAGGGACUAUCUGACUGUUAAAGUCUGGGAUCUCAACAUGGAAAACCGCCCCAUCGAGACUUACCAGGUUCAUGACUACCUCCGCAGCAAGUUGUGCUCCCUCUAUGAAAAUGACUGCAUUUUUGACAAAUUUGAGUGUGUGUGGAAUGGGUCAGACAGUGUCAUCAUGACAGGCUCCUACAACAAUUUCUUCAGGAUGUUUGACCGAAACACCAAGCGCGACGUGACCCUUGAGGCCUCAAGGGAAAACAGCAAACCCCGGGCUAUCCUCAAACCCCGAAAAGUGUGCGUGGGGGGCAAGCGGAGAAAAGAUGAGAUCAGUGUCGACAGUCUGGACUUUAGCAAAAAGAUCUUGCAUACAGCUUGGCAUCCUUCAGAAAAUAUUAUAGCAGUGGCGGCUACAAAUAACCUAUAUAUAUUCCAGGACAAGGUUAACUAGGAGGACAAGCUAUUACUUAAUAAUCUCACAUACUGAAUACUAGUCA